AAAAAAUGGUUGCCCAUUGGUAUUGCUUGCCAAUGAUAUCCAACUACGAGCCAGACAGAUCAGAUCCGCUCUUCGUAGUAGUAUUAUUUUAUAAUAUAAUAGUGUAUACUCUUUUGCUUCUUCAUCCAUACAUGAGAACUUAUAAUGUAUAAAUAAAUAAAAAAUUGACUAUAAAACACUUCAACUUCUGUUCCAUACUUUUCCAUUUUUGACUUGGAUUAUAUUUUCUCUAUACUCGAACAGUUUUCCACUUCAACAAAAGUAAAUAAUAAUAAAAAUCCUCCAAAAUGGAUCCGCCAACUGUCCCACCACUUCCCACCACCUCCGCUGCCUCAGUGCAGCUCAAUUACCCGGAUUCCGUCGACUCCUCGCCUCGUUCUCGCAAUGCGGACACCUGGACGGAUGAGCCUCUGCCACCUGUUCCCGGCGCCAAGCUCCGCCUCAUGUGUAGCUAUGGCGGCCACAUCAUCCCCCGUCCCCACGACAAGUCCCUCUGCUACGUCGGCGGCGACACCCGAAUUGUAGUUGUUGAGCGCCACUCCUCGCUCGCUGACCUUUGCUCUCGUCUCUCCCGGAUCCUCCUCAACGGCCGAGCUUUCACUCUUAAGUACCAGCUUCCCAAUGAGGACCUGGACUCUUUGAUCUCCGUCACUACCGACGAAGAUCUCGAGAACAUGAUUGAUGAGUACGAUCGGACUGCUUCCAGUUCUCCUCUUAAGCCCUCUCGUUUGAGGCUUUUCCUCUUCUUUGUCAAGCCCGAGACGGUGGCCUCAAUGGGUGCUCUGCUUGAUGACGCCAAGUCUGAGAACUGGUUUGUCGACGCGCUUAAUGGGUCGGGUCUCUUGCCGAGAGGGUUGUCGGAUUCGGCCAUGGAUGAGUGUUUGCUGAGCUUAGAUGAUGGGGUUAGGGGCAGUGAUUCUUGUAAUGACCUAGAAGCUCAGGGAAACUUUUUGGGGAAAAACAACAAACAGGUGGUGGGCAAGAGUAAUGCACAUGAGAUACAGUAUUCUAUGCUCGAUUCGCCCAUUGUUGAGAACCAUUCGUCCUUUGGGUCGUCUUCUUCUUCGCCUUCCAUGUCGAAUUUGCCCCCUAUUCGGGUUCGUGUAGACGAAAAUGGUGCCAGAGGUCAGGACCAGAGAGUUGGAAUGGAAGAACAAUUUGCCCAGAUAAGCUUUGCAGGAGCUCCUCCGCCUUCUGCUCCGGCAGCCCAUGAUAUCAUCUCUAGUGGUCAUCAGGUUAAUCCUAUGUUCAUUUCUGGGGAAAAUAUGAAUAAGGUAUUGUCCGAAGACGAAAGGUCGGACCACGGCGUUCCUGUUGGGUUUAGGAAGCCACCGUUGCCACUGCAGCCUGUGCAGCCAAAGGUGGCUGCCACUGGUGGAUAUAGUUUGCCUUCUCCGGAUUCGGUUGCGAGCGAUACAAGUAGUUUGACAUCUGCUAGCUCCUUUUCGAAACCUAUGCACUAUCAAGAUCAACAUUAUGUUCCCCAUAUGGAAAUUAGAGGUCCUGCUAGCCCGAACACAGGGAACAACGAUAACUCUGAUCCUGGUCCUGGCACCCAAAAAAGCAAGGAUUCUGGCUACCUCUUCCCUCAACAACUAGAUCAGCAUCAAUAUCAUCCACAACAAUAUCAACAGUUCACACAAUACAUCCACCAUCCUUCAGCGAGUCCAGUGCCAAUGUCGCCUUACUACCAAGUGUAUCCUCAAACACCCCAACAGUAUCAUCACCAAAUUGAUCAGCAAUAUCCAGUCUAUUUAAUGUCGGUUCCUCCACAAACUCAGCCAUACAACAUGUCGUUGCAAUCCAACAUGGCUGAUACUACAACAUCUGGGGUGACCUCAAGUCGACCGAUAACGUCUCCAAUCCCUAAUAUGGUUCCUGCCCCUGGCCCAACCUACAAGCAGGAGGGAGUUCCCCCGGUUUACCCUGCUAAGGCUGCUUCCCCUGGUUUGGCUGAUAUGGCUGCAGCUGCAGGCACAGGCAUGUACAAGACUGCUGUGGCAUCAAAUCCUCCAAUGGUUCAAAUCCCUCCAAAUCAGUAUCAUCAGCAGGCAUACGUGGGAUAUUCUCAAAUGCAUCAUCACCCUUCUCAAUCCAUUUCCGUUCCUUCAGGUACUGGGAAUUACACUUGUGAAUAUGCCAAUUCUGCGGCCCCUAGCUCUGCCCAUGAGCAGGUUUUCUAUGCACAACAUCCAGCUCAGUCAGCCGCUGCACCUGCCCCAUUGCCUUCUCAGUAUCAGUCAAUGACUCCUGCGGCUGCCAUAGCAUUGUCUGAGGCUGCAAAACAGCUGCCUACGGAAAACAAUGCUCAGCAUAACAGAACCUCAUAGCCACUGUAAGCCAGUCAUGCUGGAAACAAAUAAGAAUUUUUUUUUGAUGGUAAAAAAAUGGUUAUUGUAUUGGUUUUUCUUUUUAUUUAAUUUUUCAUUGAUGUUACAAUUUGCAUAGUGUUGUACUACAAAUGGAUAAUAAAGAACAUGGUUGUCUUCUUUACUUCGGCAAGUUGACAAAUUUUCCCA